UGGAGAUGGAGAUCAUCAGUUCAUCACUCUGAGAGCCUCUGGUUUUGUUUUCCAUCGAUCGCAGCUGCUCCUUCAGCUCAUAUUUUGCUUUUCGUCUCCUUUGGAACAAUCGAAAGCGUUUCUUUCGUAAUCUCGGACGACGAAUGGCGCAGGAUUCUGAGAAGCGAUUCCACUCGAUCAUGGACAAGCUAUUUCAUCACGCCCCUAAAACCACCCAGACCUCCUCCUCCAGUGUAUCUGGAGCACAAGCUUCAAGAGGCAAAAAGUGCCCAAAUACAUCGACUGCAUUGGCAUCAGUUGAUCCAAAGACGAGAGCGGAUAUGGUUGAGAGAUCGCAGCAUUCUGUUCCCACCAGACAGUCAGAAGCUCCACUAUGCAGACCAUGGGACCAGGGGGACCUUAUGAGGAGAUUGGCCACCCACAUUUAAGUCUAUGACGUGGUUUGCAAAGCCAAAGGUUCGAUGAGUUAAUAUUAGUAUUUUGGCUAACUGUGUUAUUGUUACUCUGGCAUACAAUAUUGACUUAUCAUUUUGCAUAAUGUAUUACCAUCCGGGUCAUAUUAUACACUUAUGGUUUUCCUUUCCGGUGCUAACAUGUUAUAAAGCGUCUCAAGUUAAUGCCCUUCUGCAAUGUUUCAAUUUUGCUCAAGAAAAGCAUAAAAUAAGUUCGUGAGAAAUGUUAUGGCAUCUUUGCAUGGAACCUAGGUCAGCUAUCAUUAGGAGGUGAAAGUACCACCUUCCACGUUGGCCUUUACAGAUAAUAGUGCUGUCACCAAACUGGGUAUAAUUUGGUUUUCUUGACAUCAAUUCAACUGAAGCCUUGGUGAGAAAAUUACUAAUUUUAGUGACAGCCAUUUUAAUGAGGAUGGACCUAUACCUUCCUAUGCUGUGAAGAGAACAGUUUUUGUUUGGUGUAUGCAAUAAGAGAUGUUUGAAAUGCUAUAAGAGAUGUUUGAAUAGUUUCUCUAAUGUUUAUUACCUAAUCAUAAAUGAGCAGCUAGAUUUUAAAGGGUUCUUCCCAGCGAAAAUGUUUGAAUUAACAGUUAAAAAGAUUCAUGACCAAGGAGGUGAUGAGGGACCGUGUAGUAGUUAUACACCCAUUGAUGGAUCCCUUUGCUUGGACCACAACAAUCCUGAGAAUGGUGCUACUAUUACAAAGGAAAAUAAUGAUCAAAUGUUGCUGGAAGGAAAGAAUGUGAAUGGGCAUGGAAGCUUUGCAAUGGUAUCGUUGUAUAGAUUUUCAUUAGCAUACUCCAUUGCCCCCAUCUCCAGGAAAGAAUCCAAAGCAACUCGCCUCAGAUCAGUCGAUGGAGUUUGAUCCAAUCAGGCAGCACAGACAUUUUUGCCCCUGGAUUGCAUCUACUGGCAAUGCAGCUCCUGGUUGGCAACAAACACUAUCUGCUGUACAGUUUUGGAAAGACAAUUCUCAUUCUUCACCAACUACUUCCUCAUCCCACUCCUUAAUUCAGUUCGAUGAUCCCAUUACUUCAGUUAGACGGCUUUUCGCUUCUCCAUCUGCAAAAAAAGUAAAGCCAACCCAUGGAACUGGCUGAAGUUCAGUCAAUUCCAUUGAUUGAUUUGAGCGGGGUGUCGACAAGUCCCCACGAUUUUCCAUCAAUGUCUGAAAUUGGAUUUUCCUAUAGAUGAUUUAAUUAUCUUAGCAUGUAUCCUUUUGAAACCCAUGGGAAAGAUAUGUACUUUCAGUGCCAGACGCAAGACAUACAUUCUUCUCCAAAAAAUAGGAUGUGUGAUCUGCAUGGUUCAACUACGACUCUUCACCGCGAUGGUUCGGUUGGAAGCCUCUCAAGAAGACUAUGUCGCUCUCUUUUCUCCACAAGCCCUAAAAUUUCCCAGAUUUCUGUGCCUUUCUCCACCAGCCUCUCGUCUCACGAGUACUCCGACCGUGACUAUUCGGACUUGGACUUGGACAACGACUCAGUUCCUGACGCUUCCGAACAGCCACCACAGUCAUCGUCUGCAUCAUCACCUGAGGGAUCGGGAAGGAAACGGGAGAUUCGACCACUCGAGAACGGCCUCAGUGCGGGUGUUUACAAAGCGAUAAUUGUGGGGCAAGUGGGGCAGAGUCCGAUUAAGAAGAGGCUGCGGAAUGGGUGGCAGAUCACAGAGUUUACAGUUGGAACUGGUGGAAUUCACACAAUUGGAACUGGUAGAAUUCACAAGAAUCGCAUGCCAUCGGAGAAUGAGGAGCCCAGGUACUCUGCAAAUCCAUUUGCUGUUCAGUGGCAUAAUGUUUCAGUAUAUUCAGCCCAGCUGGGGGAUAUUGCCAUGAAGCAUGCUCGACCUGGUACAAUUAUAUAUUUGGAGGGAAACCUGGAGACCAGAAUCUUGGGCAGUCCAAUUACUGGUCUUGUUCGACAGAUAAGAGAGACUGCAAUACGUGGAAAUGGUCGUCUUAUAUGUAUAUGCUAGGGGAGCUGAGGAUGACCAUCAAUCAAGUCCAUCAGAAUUUAAGGGCAUUGGCGAUUACUAAGAUCAGAUGGAAGGAGGAACUUACUUGGCAUUCAAAAAUAACUGACUUAUUCUCAAAUUUGUAAUUAUUUUGAAUCUUUCUGAGUCUGCAUUUUAUUUCUGCAUUUGAUGUUAUGGAAGCAGGAAAUGCUGGGGAACGAAAUUUACAUUAGCCAGGGUGCCAGACCAAUGACCAGUGGGGAUCUUUAGUUGCUCACUGGCAGUAUCUUUGACCUGUGUGUGCAACAGUGUUUUUGUGAAAUGCCUUAAUGUGGUUUUUCCUUCUUUC